GGCUCGACAGUCAAGCCGUUCCGAAUCCACAGCUACAUUUCGUAUAACGGAUUUGACAACAAUUUGUUUAUAUCAUGGCGUCCACCGGGGAAACCACAACCGAAGAGCGGACUGAGCCAGCGCCAGCUCAACCCAGCACUAAUGUAGUGUCAGACGCAGCGAACAAAAUAAUAUCGAUGGAGAAGGAAGCAGACUUGACUGCUGCACCGCAGAAGAAAUCUAGAGUAGAGGUCCAGUCGCUGCCGACAAGACAGUACUUGGAUCAGACCGUUGUGCCAAUAUUACUCCAAGCAUUAUCAAGUCUUGCCAAAGAAAGACCGCCAGAUCCUAUUAAUUUUUUAGCUGCUUAUCUAUUGAAAAAUAAGAGCCAAUAUGACAACAGUGGGUCACCACCGACUAGUCAAUAACAAUAGAUUCUAUAUUAACUAAAUCAACAAUUCAAAUAAGGACGUAUUGUUUAAUAAUUAUCAUUUAUUUGGAGGUGUUUUAUAUGUGUAUUACCAGAAUUCUUGUAUGCUGGGAUGAUUUUUUAAUAUGGAUUAAAUGUUCAAUAGUUUGUCAAUGUUCAAUGAAGUUUGUCAAUACCAAAACUAAGCACGUCAUUUUUAUAUUUAUAAUAAUUGUGUCCAUUAGAAUGAAAUCCAUGUGCAGAUUUAGAGAAAAGAAUUUAUAUUGUUUAAACAUGAUUUUUACGUAUUAUAAUAAUUUCUUUAUAAAUAUCGGCUGAUCAUAUGGAUCCAAAAUAGGGGGUCCCUGUCGCAAAAAUUGGAACAAGUGUCAUCUGAUGGUGAAAAAUAUAAUGCUAAUCCAAGAGUUUCAUACUAUAUCUGAAGUACGCGUUUUAUCUUAAAUUUUAUUCUGUAUUACUUCAAUAUGACAAAAUAAAAUCUUGAUGGACAGUU